UGUGGUUCCUGUCAUUUCCGGCCGGUGGGUGCUGCUGGGCUCACUCAGAGCAGCUCGGGGAUGGAGUCGGCGGAUUUGGAGGCGCUUCUUAUUGAGGCAAAGGAGAGCAUGGAGGCCGCCAGGAACUACAGGACGGAGCUGCAACAGCGGCUACUGGGCCUCACCCAGGCUCGGAGGCAGAUCAAAGACAGCGCAGCGCAGACUCGGGACACCUUGAAGCAGCACUUCUUGGAUGUCAAAGGGGCCGUGAUAAAACUGCUGGAUGAGAGGCUGCAAGCUCUCAUACAAGAAGUAGACACCAUUGAACAAGAAAACAUUAAGCCACUUGAUGAAUGUCGAAAGCUUUUGGAACAAGGGGUCAGCACGGCUGAGGACCUGCUAAAGGAGGGAGAGAUUGCAUUAUCGUGUAUGGCUCGGGAACCAGAGAACUUGUGCAAUUUUACCAAUAAAGCUAUGCAUAUUCAACUCGACAGUUUGCCAGAAGUUCCCUCCUUAGUGGAAGCCCCGUGCCUCUCUGCCCAGCUAGAUGACUCAUUUUUAUCAGCUGCUCGAAAUCACAUAUCAAAACACUGUACUGUGGCCUCCAGGCCCCCAAUACUGAUCGAGGAACUUAUUGAGAGACCAGGUGCUAUUCUUGUGAGAUGGUGCAAGGUAGAUGAUGAAUUUGUAGCUCAUGAUUACCGCCUGCAGUGUCGCAAAAACGUGGCCAGUCACUUCGAAGAUGUGUAUGUUGGUUCUGAGUCCGAAUUUAUUGUCCUGCACAUAGACCCCAAUACUGAUUACCAGUUCAGGGUGUGCGGCCGAGGUGACGGGCGACACGAGUGGAGUCCGUGGAGUGUUUCUCAGCUAGGGAAAACCACCUUGGUCCCUCACGAAUGGUGCAGCGGCUUUGAGGGGUACAGUCUGAGCAGCCGGAGAAACAUUGCACUUCGAAAUGAUUCCGUCAGCCACGAAGUCCUGUACUCGAAAGCUGCCACUUAUUCCUCUGGGCAAACCCUGACAUUCCGGGUUGAGAGUGUUGGGCAGUUGGAUAAGCGUGACAGCAUUGGCGUUUGUGUGGAACCUCAGUCUGGAUACGAGUCAUUACAGCGAGAUAAGGCUGUGUGUAUUAGUACAAGUGGUGCUGUGUUUGUAAAUGGUAAAGAGAUGACGAAUCAGCUUCCUCCCAUCACUCCCGGAUCCACAAUCACAUUUGACAUGGAAGUUGUAAGUUUGGGAACAUCCAAUAACAAUGAGGGGCCGAUCCACAAGCGAAGAGUAACUAUUGGCUCCAACAAUCGAGAAGUUGUUUUUGAUUGGAUGCUGGAGCAGAUCUGUGACUCUCUCUAUUUUGGCUGUUCGUUCACUCACUCUGGGUGGAAAGUCCUCGUGUUUUAAUGGAGCCUGGUGCGAUACAAGAGCUAUAUUCCGUUAUUUGUAUUUGAAUCUUUAUUUCCUACACUCCUGAGAACUUGCAGCAUGAACUAAGAAUCCUUUAAAAGGAUCUUCUCAGCUUAAGGCAUGUGCUGUUAUUACGUAAUAUCAAUUUAACUUAAUGCUGGAUUAGAAACUAUGCAGUUUUACUUGAGAGCUGGCAAUCCUGUUUCAUCAAAUAUCUGCCUGAAGUCUUUAGUAUUUGUGGUUGAAUCACCAAAAACCACCAGGCUUGGGUGGUUAAAGCAAUAUGUAAACUUGCCAACUAAGAAGGCAUAUUCACUGGCACCACACUCUAUUUUCAUAUGUUGAAGGUCCAGUCCUGAGCCAUCUGUUUAGAUCCCAGUAAUAUGAAUGUCUAUUUUUCCAGUUUUGUAUGCUUUGCGUGUCUAUUCAGUAUUUAAUUAGCCUUUAGAGCCCCUGCUGUCAUUCAGAAACCUUCCACGUUUACAGCUUGACACUCAGAGCAUUUAUAUAUAUAGUCUCUAUUUUUCUACCUUAUCCUGUUCCAAUGCUAUACAAUGUCAAGAAGUGCAGUCCUAUGUGCGUGGCAGUUUACAUGUGUUUUGCUUUGUGACAUUUCUCUUAUUUUAUAUAAACUUUACAUCCAAGGUUUCAAACAGCAGAGGUAGCUCACAGUAUUUAACUGUUCAGUAGCAGGACUAAAUCAGAGAGCCCUUGUCAGUAUUUUACAAUCAACCCAUGGCACAAUUACCCAAUGGGAUAGCUCUCCUCCCCUCGUAGUUUUCAUACUUGGUAUAUGAUCAGGCACGAAAAAAUACGCUAUGGCAGGAUUAUGGUACCACCUUACUACUUAUAGCCUAUCAGAGCUUUAACAGAUGGUAUGACUAUAAGGAAGUGUUUUAUCUUUGCCUUAGCCAGUUUAAUACUGAAUGG